AUGAAGGAAGCACUUGUUACCAAAGGCCCCGAGGUGCAGGUGGUGGACUCGCCGGUCCCAUCACCCAACGACGACCAGGUGCUCAUCCGCGUGGUGGUCAGCGGCAGCAACCCCAAGGACUGGAAGAUGGCCGAGUGGUUCCGCAAGGCGCCGUCCAACGAGGGCGACGACAUCGCCGGCGUGGUCGAGCGCGUCGGAGCCAACGUGUUCGAGUUCAAGCCCGGCGACCGUGUUGCCGCCUUCCACGAGAUGGCCACCCCGCACGGCAGCUACGCCGAGUAUGCUGUCGCCUGGGCCCACACCACGUUCCACAUUCCCCACGAGACGACGUUUGAGGAAGCCGCCGCGUUGCCCCUCGCCGCCAUGACAGCCGCCGUCGGACUAUACGCGCGGCUGGGGCUGCCGCAGCCGCUGGCCCCACGGCCCGACGACGCCCCGCCCCUGCCGCUCAUCAUCUACGGCGCGUCGUCGGCGGUCGGCAUCUACGCAGUGCAGCUCGCACGGCGCAGCAAUAUCCACCCACUGAUCUGCGUCGCCGGGCGCGCGCGCGACUACGUUUCGGGGUUCCUCGACAAGGCCCGCGGCGACGUCGUCGUCGACUACCGCGAUGGCGACGACGCUGUCGUGGCAGGGAUUCUCUUAGCCGCUGGAGACAAAAAAUUGAUGUACGCCCUCGACGCCGUGUCCGAGGGCAGCUCGCCGGCGAACCUCGCGCGCGUGCUGGACGCCGGCGGCGGCGCGCAGGCCACCUUCGUGCUGUACGGCCGCCAGGACCUACCGGCGCAUAUCGUGCAGAACGUGACGACUGUGGGGAGCGUGCAUAAGGAUUUGAAGGACUUCGGGCAUGUGUAUUACCGGUACUUUGCGCGCGGGCUGCAGGAGGGCUGGUUCAAAGGCCAGCGCACGCAGGUUAUGCCGGGGGGGCUGGGUGGGAUUGAGGCGGCGCUGAAAGAUCUCAAGGCCGGGAAUGCGAGUGCGGUGAAGUAUGUUUUCCGCAUUGCCGAGACGGAGGGGGUUGUGGGUAGUAGGGAGGGGGAGUAG